AUGGCCCCUAAAAUUUGGACAGGCCUCGUCCUCCUCAAUGCACUGAGCGGUGUCUCCGCGUUUUGGCGCAUGGAAUGUCGUGGACGAACCACUGUUUCGCGAAUGGAUCCUAUCGUCUCCCUGGGCACCACUGCUCAGCAUGCUCACGUAGUUCAUGGAUCCAGUGGAUUCAGCGAGUCCGCCGACUACGACGCUCUUACGGGCGGCAGCUGCACGUCUUGUGCCGCGACCGAGGAUUUGUCGGCUUACUGGACCCCUGCCAUGUACUUCGCUCACUCCGAUGGCACGUUCGAACUUGUUGAGCAAGUCGGUGGCAUGCUCUCCUACUAUCUCCUGCGAGACCCCAAGAACAAUGUCAAGGCUUUCCCCAAGGGCUUCCGCAUGAUUGCCGGAGAUACUAACCGCCGAAACUACACCCUUGGAGAUGUCUCUCAGCCGGACCCGGGCCAGUCGUCGUGGGAGUCUCUGGGCCAGACAACCCAAGACGCCCUGGAGCAACGUGCCCUUGGCUUCAACUGCCUGAACUACAACAAGGAUGCUGAGGCUUCACUUUACCGCCACUUCAUGCCUGACAAGGCGUAUCUGGACGCAAACUGCCCCGACGGACUGCGCCUGGAACUGGCCUUCCCUUCCUGCUGGAACGGCAAGGAUUUGGACUCCACCAACCACAGAAGCCACAUGGCUUACCCUGAUUUGGUACAAGACGGAGCCUGCCCCGAGGGCUUCGAGACCCGUCUGGUCACCUUGUUCUACGAGACCAUCUGGAACACGGCCGCUUUCGCUUCGAGCGACGGAUACUUCGUUAUGGCCAACGGAGACCCAACUGGAUUCGGCUACCAUGGUGAUUUCAUGACCGGCUGGGACGAGGACUUCCUCCAGUCCGCAGUUGAGCAAUGCACCAACCUUUCUGGUGUGCUCUCGGACUGCCCCCUUUUCACCCUGCAGGAUGAGGCAACACAGAACGAAUGCAAGCUUGAAAGUAUGCCCGCUCUCCUUAAGGUCGAGAACGUCAUCGGUGGUGCCUUGGACACGCUUAACUCGCUCCCCGGUAACGUCGCCAUCGAAUUCGGCCCCGAGCCUGCGUCUGCAGGCAAGGGUUCCGGCAAGGCUACCACAACCACAAGCAGCUCGUACGCUGCCCCGACCCUGACCUACCAGCCCGCAAGCUCUUCCUCAUUGGGAGGCAUCUUCCUGCAGGACACAUCGACUGCCAGCCCCACCUCCACUUCCAGCGCCGCAUCCACCCUUGUACCGUCCGUUAAGGCGGCUGCUGCCCAAGACUCGACCUCCGCGCCGGCCACGACGGCUGCUCCCACCCUGUCGGAUUCGGGUGUGCAGUAUCAAGUUGUCAGCACCGAGUACCGGACCAACGGAGCUCUUGUCCAGGAGAUUGUCUACGAGGAGGCUGUUGUCUAUGUUACCGAAGACACCGUGACUACUGUAACGGUGUCACCCCCUGUUGUAAAGUCAGAGCACAAGAAGCAGCGCCGCGACCACCUUGUGCGCCACCGCCACCACGCUGGUGGUCGCCUGAUUUGA